AUAGGAGAACGCGAGGCUAUCUUCAUCACUUCGGAAGACGUUUAUCAAGCAGCCUCCAUGGAUAAUAUUGGAUCCUCAGCUAUGCUGUUUGGUAUGAGAUGCAUUUGGGAAAGCAUGCACCCAAAUUCACGACAAUUAUAUAAAUUUUUUGACACCGAACAUCUUUCUAUUGGCAAUGAUGAAAGUAAAAACUAUACGGUGGAUCUUAUAGCCAAAUGGAUGAUGACUAUGGAUAGACGAGGCCAAAUAUAUUUCAUUCCUUGGAUUGUUGAUCGACAUUGGAUGUUGGUGCUCGUGAUGAUGCGGGGGAUGACCAUAAUUUUGGACCCUUUAAAAAAUCAUAAAUCUCCACCAAUAAUUACAGAGGUUAUGGAAAAAGCAUACGCACAAUGUUUGGAAAAUGAAUACAUCGGCACAUUUACAAAAUUGGUGAGAGGUUCUUGUCCAAAACAACCUGAAAGUCAUGAAUGUGGUUAUUAUGUACUAAGAUACAUUUAUGAUCUUGUAAAUGCACCGAAUCCAGCAGAAGUUAUCAAGAAGAAAUGGUUUGACAAAAAGCAAUUCAAUGUCAAAGAGGAUCUACUACCACUACAAAGUGAUUGGUUAGCUAGAUUAAUGCCAUUUGUUUAUGAAAUCUAAAUUUUUGUAUGUAUGUAAGAUUAAAG